AUGAUACAUCAUAUUGAUUUAGGAAAAACAGUUGAAGAAAGAAAGAAAAUUAUUGGUCCUCUCAUUAGGAGUGGUGAGAUUACUUUAGGUGGCUACAAAAAAGCAAAGAUCUAUGGUUUACUUACAUGCUCAUCUGGAAAACGAAUGAAGGUGGAAAACAGAGUUUUCUUUAAAUCAGAAGAGGAGGCUUUAGCAAAUGGAUACAGACCUUGUGGUCAUUGCCUGAAAGAAAAACAUAUAAAUCCAUCUUGUUACAUUGGUAGCAUCCUCGAUCGACUUGGGUUCGAUUCCCGCAAUCUGAAAAACCCCGUAAAUCUGAAAAUCUCUGUCUUUGCUGCUGUUCCAAAGUUAAGAGGGUUCUUUGUAACAGGGGGAGUAUGUAAGAAGGUUCAUCUGUGUGAUGCUUGUGGAGCAGAUGAUAAUUAG